AUGUCUCCCUCCGUCCAAGAGAACGAGGUUCCUCUCACUCAGACCAAGUCCAACACCCAGGUCCCAAUCCCCGUUGACAACGAAGAUGGCACUGAGAACGCUGUCGAAGUACCAGCAACCCGAAGUGCCAUGGCCGACACCACUAGCUACAUGCACAACCUCUCUCUCCAGCCUUCCAUGAAGGAGAGGAGAGGAUCCCGCAACUCCUUCGGUACCUCAUUGCCCAUCCCUCGUUCCAAGAGGCAAUCACGUCUCUCAUCCGUUCACUACCCCGAUGGCCGUGGUGCUGCUGUCCGCCCUGGCAUGCCCCCGAUCCAGCCAUCCCGCGACAUCAUCGCUGCUCAGCUCCAGGACCUCGCUGGCGAGAAGGUUCGCGCCGCUAAGGACAUGGCCUUCGUCUUCGACAUUGACGGUGUCCUCGUCCACGGUGACCGUCUCAUCCCCGAGGGUCAGCGCGUCCUCGAGAUCUUGAACGGAGACAACGAGCUCGGCAUCAAGAUCCCCCACAUCUUCCUUACCAACGGAUCUGGUAAGCCUGAGCAAGCCCGUGUCGACCAGCUCUCCAAGAUUCUCCACAACCCCAUCUCGACCGAGCAGUUCAUCCAGUCGCACACUCCCAUGCGUGCCUUGGCCGAGUACUACAAGACCGUCCUCGUUGUCGGUGGAGAGGGCUACAAGUGCCGUGAGGUCGCUGAGCAAUACGGCUUCCAAGACAUUGUUGUCCCCAACGACAUCAUUGCCUGGGACCCUACCAUCGCCCCUUACCGUGUCUUCACCGAUGAGGAGCGCGCGACUUCCCGCCCUCGCGACUUCAGCCAGGUCAACAUUGAAGCCAUCAUGGUCUUCUCUGACAGCCGCGACUACGCCACCGACAUCCAGAUCAUCAUGGACCUUCUCCAGUCUAAGAACGGCAAGUUCGGAACCCGUGCUGCGGACCCCGUCUCCGAGCGCAUCCCCAUCUACUUCUCUCAGGGUGACAUGCUGUGCCCUACUGAGCACCCCUUCCCCCGUAUGUCCCAGGGAGCCUUCCGCAUUGGUCUCGAGGCCAUGUACAAGUCGCUCACCGGUGUUGAACUCGAGCGUGUUGUCUACGGUAAGCCCGAAUUGGCUACCUACAAGUACGCCGACGAGGUCAUCGCUUCCUGGAUGGAGACCAUCCACAACGACGAGAAGCUGCCCGCCAACAUCUACAUGAUUGGUGACAACCCUGCUUCCGAUAUCGUCGGUGGUAACAUGUACGGCUGGAACACUUGCCUUGUCCGCACUGGUGUCUUCCAGGGUGGUGACAACGACGAGAACAACCCUGCUUCCUUCGGUGUCUUCAAGAACGUCUUCGAGGCUGUCACCACUGCCAUGAAGAAGGAGCUCGGCCAGGACUUCAAGUUCAACUUCGACGAGAAGAUCAACCCUGUCAUGGCUGAGGGUGGCUCUUCUGCCAUCGCUUAA